CUCAAUUUCACGUCCUGUUAGUAAGUUACGAAGUCUCUUGAUGUUCGAGUUUAUAGUCAAUUGUUUGGUGAAGCGAUAAGGAUGAUCUUUGGACGUGCUACCGUACUUCUAAUACUGCUGAUCUCAGCACAAGGGAAUGCCUUUUUACCCAUUUUUAAUCUCUACCGGGACACGCAGAAUGCUGCCACCGGUAUGGCAUGCCGUUGGUACAAUAUGCCACCGUACGCGAAUGCCAUCGCCACCCAGGUACCUUCCAACGCUGGCUUCAACCAGGCAGGAAAUGGGCCCGACCUGAAUUACCUUACCGGGCUUGCGUCAAUGCUGAAUCGUCUAUAUCCGGAAUCCAUCUCCGGCUUAUCGCAAACACGCCCCAGGGUAGUUGUGCGCGUCGAGGAAACGGUCACGGCACGAAAGAGGAAUCCGGCCACCGUGACAUUGCGACCCGGCGGUAAUUCAAACCGUGAGUUAGAUUACUACGAAACAGAUCCGCAGUACUAUUACGAGGAGGACGGUUAUGGAUACGAUGAUUACAGUGAUCCUGACGGAUAUACGGACACUGUUUCGUAUUAUGACAUGCCUUCGUCGGACGUACGUGGGGCCAACAACGUCUUUCAGACGUGGUACGGGUCGAGUCUCAAUCCGCCGCCGACUACCGGCAACACUAACGCGUGCAAUGUAUGCGCAACUUCGACGUUGCUAAACUAUCUGCUGGGAUAA